AUGUACUUUGAUCCGGACUUGACGCGCUGUCUCUCUUUGGCUGGGCUGGCGGCAGCUAAUUUCAACGUCUCUGCGACAGGAACACCAUGCGCCUGUGCACUGCUUGAGUCUACCUACGCGGACAAGCUAAUCUUCCCAUCAUCAGCGAACUACACAGUCGAGGCUACCAGCUACUGGGAUGUCCGGAGUGACCUUCACCCAUCCUGUAUCUUCCUCCCAACCACCGCUGAUGAGGUUGCAAACGCCGUGAAAAUCCUUACCCAUUGUGAUGCGCACUUUGCCGUCCGCGGAGGUGGACACAUGAAUUUCCCCGGAGCCAACAAUAUCGACAACGGUGUCCUCAUCGCCUUGUCUGGAAUGGACCAAUUCACUGUCCACAAUGGCACCAUCGAUGUCGGGCCAGGCAUGACCUGGUACGACGUCUACUCUGCGCUCGACCCCUACGGACGGAUCGCUAUCGGCGGCCGUCUCAAGACCAUCGGCGUACCAGGCCUGACUCUUAUCGGUGGCGUGCAUUACUUCAUCAACAAGUACGGAUUCGCCAUGGACAACGUCGUCCGGUACGAGGUGGUGCUAGGGAAUGGGACGCAGGUCGUCGCAUCGGCAACAUCGCACCCGGAUCUAUUCUGGGCGUUGAAAGGCGGCGCGAAUAACUUUGGGAUCGUGACAAAGUUUACGCUGAAGACGUUUGCAAUUCCAAACAUUAGUACCACGAUUCAGAGCUUCAAUGAAUCGGGGAUCUUUGAUUAUAUCACAGCGCUAUGUGACCUGGUCAAGCUUGAUGAGCCGAAUCCCAUCGCGGCAGGGGGCGUCUUCACGAUCGGUUACAAUGCGACGACGAAGGUGUCUUCUGCUUCGCUGAUCGGGGUGCAGGAAGGCGUUAGCAGGCCUCCCUCGCAGUUCGCCAAUUUCACUGCCAUCCCUGGCGUGUCAAAGAUGCACAAUGUGACGACUGGGAAACAGUUUGCUUCGGGACUCAUCACCCCGAACCAGAUGUUCCGUGUCAUGUUCUCGCAUCACACCGUGCAGCCCGACCCUGAGACCCUGUACUCUAUUUAUCGAGCCUGGAAGACAGCGGUCGAUGAGAUAUCCGAUGUGCAAGGCCUCUACCCGACCUUUGUCAUGAACCCUUCCCCAGCAGGCGCAGCGCGAGUAGCCAGGACUAAUGGGAUCGGAAACGUGUGGGGUCUGGAAGAACAGCCCAUGAUAUGGUGGCAAUUCAGUACAGGCUGGGAUCUCGCGUCUGACGAUAUCCGCGUGCAAACGUGGUCGCGUCGACUAACCGAGUCUCUGCACGCCAUUAACAGGAAGAAAGGGAUUAGUUCCGAGUUUGUCUACAUGGGGGAUGCGGGCGAGUGGCAGGAUCCGUUUGCUGGGUUUCCUGAAGCCAACGUGCAGCGGAUGAAGGCAGUUAGAGCUGCCUAUGAUCCUCUCAGAAUCUUCUCAAGGCUGAACUGGGACAUACAAACCGAGCUCAACUACUGGCGAGGCACCAACGAGCCAAUCAUUGUCGACUUUGCUAAACCCGACGGAAAGCAGAAGUUCGCAGAGAUAGAAACGCAAGGAGCGAAGCAUCCCGUCCUCAUCCACGACAUCCGCGGAACCGAGGACCAGUACACGCUAGAAACACAUGGAUUCCAGUACUUCCACGACGAGGUCCCGGAACUCGAUGACUGGACCGACGAGCAAAAGGUCAUCAACACCCUUAUCCCCAAGUCGGAGGAGCUCGUCCGCAAAAUCCGACAACCGCGCCCCGCACACAGCGUGCACACGGACUUUACCGUCGCAGGUGCGCUGCGGCAUCUCGAAACUACGGUCUCCGAUCAGGAGCGCCUCAAGUCCCUGUUAAGUAGUCGUGUCAUGAUCAUCAAUGUCUGGCGACCGCUAAAGACCGUUCAUCGGGACCCUCUCGCUGUCUGUGACUGGCGGUCUACGAGCCCACAGCAGGAUAUCGUCCCCUUCCGACUGGUCCUCCCGCAGGGCUGGAACGAGCUCAGCAAGGUGCAAUACAGCAAGCAUCACCAGUGGUACUAUCUCAGCAAACAGCAGCGUGAUGAGCCGCUGGUGUUCAAGCAGUUCGAUAGUGGCAAGUUGGAGGAGGGAGGAUGUACCCUGCCGCAUAGCGCGUUCGAGCAUCCUUCCAUGAUGGAUCGUGAGCCUCGGCAGAGCAUCGAGAUUAAGAUGUUUGCGUUUUUGUAG